CACUGAAAUAAUCCUAGAGUUGAGAACUUGAAAAAUAUUGUUUGUAAAAAAAUGAAAAUUGCCAUAGGCCCAUUUGAAAGUAGAGCAAUGAGGUUAGAAUGGCUGUGACUCCUCAGUUCCCUUUCAAGUCAGCUAACACUUGAACCCGGAUUCACCUGGGACCAGCCUGGCAUCCACUGUGAAAUCAUAGUACGUAAGGAAGAGUUUGUCUUUCUCCAUAGCUCCAAACUCAGUUGUUUUCAAACAAGUUUUUCACUCACAUUGUUUCAGAUGUAAUGGAUAGUACAUUAAGUUGUGUUUUCCCUGCUGUGAUCCAACUCCUUGACCAGCAGAAUCCCAUUAAAAACCUGUUGAGCAGUGACCUUUACUUGACCAUUACAGAGAUCAUGGCAGCCAGAAAGAUCAUGUUUCUAAAGUACUUACGACAAGGCCAGCCUACAGUGACCACUGCAUAUCUUGUGCCUGUUUGAAAUAAACUUAGAGAACAUAGCUCAUUGGCAGCUUGCAAUCAAUACUGUUUCUGCUGAAUUUUCUCAUUAACAGCAGGAAAUAUAGGGACAAAAACAUCUGAAAGGUCAAAUCCAGAUUGCAAGACUUUAAUUUCUGCGCCUGAUAUUUAUAGUGAGAUUUUUUUUUAAAGGUGAGGAAAACUCAUUAAUAGGCUACAAUAGCUUGCACAGGUAUUUUCUCACCACUGUCAGGAUGUCAUAUAGUUUAUGAGGAAAAGCCCAGCCAUUAAAGACAUCAUAAAUGGCUCUAGUAAAUUACUUUUUCUAUUGCUUUUAAUGAUUGAUGCAAAUCUGGUCUCAUUUCACUUAGGUCACCAACACAAUAAAGACACACUCUGGUGUCUUGAGGUAGUUGAGUACAGGGAAGGAUUUCAAAAGCCCAUGGUUCCCUCCGGGCUUUCUCACCUGCUGGCCUGGUGCUCAGAGGUUUAGGUAGACUGGAUGCCAUGCACCACAACCGUCUUCCACCAUGGCAAAUAGAAUAAUUAGGUACCUUCCUUUUCAUUCUUGCACAUCUCAGUUUAGCCAUAUCGACCUAGCUUGCUGUCUCUGCCCCAGUUCCCAUUGGGAAAUAACAUCUUUCUGUCCAAGGUUAGCUACAUGGAAUGAGUUUGGUUCAAACACAGCAAGUGCUGAGAUUAAAGGACAUAAAAGUACAUUGCAGGGACAAUGGACUACUUCAUAACACUGAGAGGAAGAAUACAGCUCCGUGCUCAGUGGAGGGAAAGUGACAUUUACCAGGAGUCAACAUUCUUUUUGCUUUUUCCUUGGCUGUUCUAGAACCUGAAGAUUCUGUUUCCCAUAAUCCCAUAUUUGCCUGCAAGUUUUCCCUGCCUGGCAACUCCAUAGUGAGAAACAUGAUCUGCCAUCAUGCUGGGAUCCAUCUAUUUAGAAGCAACCUGGGGGCAGCACCAUUUCUGGUCUGUGCCACCUCUGGCACAACCGUGCUGGGAGCCUUCGAUCCUCUGGAUGAAAUAGCUGACAUCUGUGAGAGACACGGCCUCUGGCUUCAUGUAGAUGCUUCUUGGGGUGGCUCAGCGUUGCUGUCCAGGAAGCAUCGCAAGCUCCUGCAUGGCAUCCACAGGGCUGAUUCUGUGGCCUGGAACCCACACAAGAUGCUGAUGGCUGGAAUCCAGUGCUGUGCUCUCCUCGUGAAAGACCACUCUGACCUUCUUAAGAAAUGCUACUCUGCCAACGCAUCUUACCUCUUCCAGCAAGAUAAAUUCUAUGAUGUCAGCUAUGACACAGGAGACAAGUCUAUCCAGUGUAGCAGGAGACCAGAUGCAUUCAAGUUCUGGAUGAUCUGGAAGGCUCUGGGUACCUUAGGCCUUGAAGAAAGAGUUAACCGUGCUCUUGCUUUAUCUAGGUACCUAGUAGAUGAGAUCAAGAAAAGAGAAGGAUUCAAGUUACUGAUGGAACCUGAAUAUGCCAACAUUUGCUUUUGGUACAUUCCACCGAGCCUCAGAGAGAUGGAAGAAGGACCGGAAUUCUGGGCAAAACUCAAUUUGGUGGCACCAGCCAUUAAGGAGAGGAUGAUGAAGAAGGGAAGUCUGAUGUUGGGCUACCAGCCCCACCGCGGGAAGGUCAACUUCUUCCGCCAGGUGGUGAUCAGCCCUCAAGUGAGACGGGAGGACAUGGACUUCCUCCUGGAUGAGAUAGACCUGCUGGGUAGAGACAUGUAGCUGUGGCUUUUUGUCCCCCAGAGGCAAUGAUCCUGCCCUGGGGAGGGUGUCUUGGAGACACAUUGUAGAUUGCAGCUUUCCUGAUGCAAAAUAGGAAAUAUUCCCAGCCCAAACUCAGCAAAAAUCAAAAUUCUAUGCAACUAGUGAUAAAGAUUCUUUAUCUGCUGAGUCACUACAUUUGCUCUAUCAGAACAAGUAGUAAACGAACAAUAAAAAGAUUUUCUCAAGGACCGUCUCUGAGACAUGGCCUUGAAGAGAGCUUUGUAAGCCUCAUGUGGGUUUUGGGUUCUCUAAGCUUACACUGCUCUUCAAGGAACAUGUCACUUGGUAGUUUGAAGUGGUUCUCAAAGUGGGCUCCCUGCUAGCAGCCUUGACAUCACCUGGAAACUUGUUCAAAGGGCAGCUUCUCAAGACCUAUGCUCCAGACCCAAUGAAUGAGCAGCUCUGCAGGUGGACCCCAGGAGGCUGUGUCAUUGGGAAGUACUGGUUUAAGGAAAAUCGCAUAAUGAUUGAAUAAUCAGUCUGAAGUUUUGCCAGCAAAUGGAUGUGGAAUAUUUCAGUAGUCCCUGAGCCAGUCUUUGGAAAUGAUAUCUGUAGCAUUUACAGCAGAAAUAUUGAAAGGCAUCAGCAGCAUGUCAAUGCUAAUUUAUAAGAGGCAGAAUAUAUAAAAUGUUUACUUUAUGAAGAUGUAUGUUUUCUGCUGGCUAAAUGUGUUUUCUCAAUGGUUAAAAUGAACAGUUAUCUGUUCUAAUUUAUCUAAAUUAGAGAUUAGGAUAAAAGACAAGCACUUUGUAAUGUGACUCUUUCCAUCAGUAAGCAAUAGUUCUAACUCCCUUCCAAAACCAUUGCAUCAUUAGCUGGGAGCAGACUUUACACUUUGUGUGUGUGUGUGUGUGUGUGUGUGUGUGUCUUUGAACUCAAGGGGCCCAUUUCUUAUCUUGCUCUCUGCCUUGUAGGGAAUAACUAGAACAAAGUCCAGGGCUAUACAACAUUCCCUUUCUCAAGUUUGCAAUGUCAGUGUAGACAAUUAAAUGGUUUCUAUUAGGCAGAGAAUCUCCAGAUCAGAGGCCUUUCAGUAGAAGUACCUCCUCCAUGUCUCCUGGAGUGGAUGAUUGAAAUUCUCUCUCUGAUCCUUGUCUUAGAUUUCUUGGAAUGUUUUCUUUGACUAAGAAAUGGAUAGAAUUCAGUUUUGGGUACAGAGUUCAAAAAGCUGGGUUAUGAAGAUAAUUAAAGCUCUGUAUUGAAAGGUGAAUGAUUGAAGAGUGUUCAGGUAUUACACGUAGCAUAUUCAAUAACCUUUUCAUACUCCAUCUUCAGCUCAUGUCAUUUAAAUUUCAGACAGAAAAAAGCAGACAUAUCAUGUUUGCUUUUAUUGCAUACUUUCAUUUUGCUGUGCAUGGUUGUUCAAUAUCUCUAUUGGUAAAAAUAUUUUAAUCUUUUUCUGAAUUAGUUCAAGUUCUCUGGUGAUAGAUAUUUACGUGUGUAUGUGUAUGGGGGAGGGAGGAGUGUGAGUAUUUUGCAUAUUUUGUUGCCUUUUCAUUUUAAUGUCUGCAUAAAAUGGUUCUAAAAUUGAUGUUUGCAAAAUUUGGUUUCAUGAAAUAAAAAGCAACAUGAAUACA